GUGCUAGUUCCCUUUGCUUUGUCCAUGGAUCGGACAAUUUGCCAAACGUGAUAUAGGUUUCCGUAUGUGUUACAUAUGUGUCAGCCGUCUUACGAAGGAGUAAAAGGCUCUUGCCCGAAAUGACCUGGCAUGAGGUUUGCCUAAGUUAUUGUGCCUUAUUCGUGGAUACCACUCUUUAACUCUUCUUAUAGAUAGGUUUAAGUGAAUUAAAACAUACAGCAAUGAACCUAGUAAAUGUGAGGGACGACAGUAGUUCCAGGAAGUAUAAAUGAUCACAUCUUCAUUUUGAUGUCUUCAAUGGCGGCCAUGUUGGACAUGUUUCUAGUUGGAUGUCUCUUUCUGUUGAACAUCCACCAGACAACCAAAGGGUUGAGCUACUGCGAACCCGGUCCUUGUUUAAAGGGACACUAUCUUGAUUCCCAUAGUAACAUAUGUCAACCAUGUCAACACGGUUAUUACAUGGACUUAGACAACCAUACAUGUCACAGUUGUUUUAAGUGCAUGAAACCGGAAGAAGAUCACCAAAUUAUCGUGAAACCUUGCUCGGCGGAUUCUAACGCUAAACUUGGCUGCGAAGAUGGAUAUUUCUACAUUGAAAAUGGCGACAAGAGAGAAUCGGGGUCAUGUGAGAAAUGCUCCCAAUGUGGGGACCAAUGUGUCGCUGUGCCGUGUGUAAAUGUCACGGGCGUUGUGUGUUGUUCGUGCGGAUACACUGGACACAGAAGGGAACCACCUGAAGCGUCACAGUGUGCUCGUUCCCAUAAAAGUAAAAGUAAUCUUUUUAAAAAAAUAUCACUUAUUUAUUUUUUCCAUAUACACAUUUUAAAUAACUAAUUAAGGACAAUUUAAAAAUCAACAAUUCUUUAUUUAGCUCUAGUUACGUCAUCAUAGUCUCUCAGCAUGGGCGCCCGCAGGUAGGGGCAGGGGGGCACUUGCCCCCAUCCCCCUGGAUUGAUUGGAUAAAAAAAAAUUUAGACAAAAAUAGACAAAAAACGUAUUAAAGUAAAGAGAAAAUAAAGAGAAAGUAACUAGGCUGAUGUCCUGUCCGUUCUUUCACCAUACAAAUACGCUACAGUGAAUUAAAACUAUAUUAAAACAUUACUAAAAAAUGUUGGCCCCCCUGGGAAAGUCAAGUGAUUCCCCCCCCCCCAGAAAGUUUUCUGCGGGCGCCCAUGUCUCUCAGACUUGAUUUCUCCUGUACUGUGCAGUUUGUUGUGCAACAGUUCCACAUUUCUAUGUCUGACGGCUUUUAGAGCACCUGGUUAUUCAUAAAUUUCAGUUAAUUAAGUUCCUAGUGGUGUCUUCUUUAAUUCGCCCUUUGGGGGUUUGGGGGGGGGGGUGCACUCCGUGGUCGAAGUGCUCUCACGUACAUCGUCAUAGCAAAGAUACAACAAAGUUACAACUAGGAUACAAUAAAGAUAUUACUAAGAAGUCAUUCCAUAUUUUUCUCAAGAUUUUAAUUAGUAUUUUAUUUCUGAUUUUCAUUUUGAAUACUUAAUUUAUUUUAAUACCCCAAUCAUAUGACUAUCUAAAUAACUGCUUCAAUAGCCCCAUCAAAUGAACAUCUGAAUAAAUGUUAAUAUAGGAGCCAAAAUGAUCAAUAAAUUGAUCGUGGGCCCUUAAGAUAUAGAAGAAGAAGAUAUGAUCGUCCCAGCGGACCUCUCUUUGAAUGGUAACACACAGGUACUUUACGGAGGAAACUGGCUCAAGUAUAUGGCCGUGCAGUUCGUAUUGGUAGUGUAGAGGAGUACAACUUCUAGAGACUGAUAGUGUCUGGCACUUGGCAGGGUGAAAUUCCAUGUCCCAGCUCAUCUCCCACUCAGCUAACAGAUUGAGAUCCUGUUGUAGCUGGUCCUGGUCCGAUCUGUUGGCGAUCGUCCUAUACACUGCUGUGUCAUCUGCGAACAGUCUUGCUUGUGAUGUCAGUUUCUCGGAUAGGUUAUUAAUGUAUGCUAGGAACAAACAGGGGCCCAGCACUGAUCCCUGGGGGACCCCUGACUUCACAUCGACAAAGGAGGAGCUUGUACCGCCCACCACUACUGCUUGGCGUCGGUGGCUGAGGAAGCUAGAGAUCCAUGUUUUAGUGGGGCCUUGAAUCCCAUAUAUCUGGAGUUUGUGUAGAAGCAAACUAUGGUUCACACGGUCAAAUGCCUUUGCGAAGUCCAUUACCAGCACACUAUGGAACUAUCAAUGUUAAGACGUGUGAUUUUUUAAAAUUCUAUCAAGUUCAAAAUCAUCUUUUAUCGUAACUGCUCAAUCCCAUAAUGACGAUUUCUACAUCAAUAGUGUUCUUUUUAAAUUUAUAACAGCCGGAGUUUCACCCCAGUCAGUUCGUAAAGUUUGGGGAAAAAAUCAUUGCGAUACCUAAAUGAGCACCGUUUCUAUAUUCUGAUGAAGCACAUUUUUCUAACGUUUAUCAGGUAGAGACGCAGAGGAAGCCAGUGUUCCUUUCAGCUCCCAAGAUUCGCCAGACCGCACACUGAAUGACGGCUCUGAGUUCGAGACCACUGGAGAUAGAAUGUUGUACCUCUUUUAUGCUGUGAUUAUUCCGAUAAUUAUUGUGUUUCUUAUAGGACUAGCAUGUUGGAUUAAAAAUUCAAAAAAAUUCAAGAAGUUAAUUUUAAACAGAAAUUCAUUUUAAAUUGUCUUUUAUUAUUUUAUUUGAACACUUUAACUGUAAAGACAUCAACACUUAAGACUAUUUCUCAACGUUGC